CUGCCACCGCUCAGCCGGCACAGCCCAGGGGAGCCUGAGAGCAGGAGAGCCUGGAGCAGGGGUGGGAGGGAUCGAAGGAGGGAGGGAGCAAGGGCCCGCCCCGGCUCUCCCUCUGCCCUGCUGCCCGCCCUUCCUGCCGCCACAGCUUGUCUUUUUCAGACACCCUGGAAUCCCCUCAGACCAGCCCGGCGGGCGCGCACCUGCCAGUCGCCCCUGACCUCACAGGCCAGGGGACCCCUGAGCCGGAGAAGAUGGCCCAGGCCAAGACUGAUUGCCGCUCACCUGUCGGCCUCGAUUGCUGCAACUGCUGCCUGGACCUGGCCCACCGGAGCGGGCUCCAGCGAGGCAGCAGUGGGGAGAACAACAACCCGGGCAGCCCCACUGUGAGCAACUUUCGGCAGCUGCAGGAGAAGCUGAUUUUCGAGAACCUCAACACGGACAAGCUCAACAGCAUAAUGCGGCAGGAUUCGCUAGAGCCGGUGCUACGAGACCCCUGCUACCUGAUCAACGAGGGCAUCUGCAACCGCAACAUCGACCAGACCAUGCUCUCCAUCCUGCUCUUCUUCCACAGUGCCUCUGGAGCCAGUGUGGUGGCCAUAGACAACAAAAUCGAGCAGGCCAUGGAUCUAGUGAAAAAUCAUCUAAUGUAUGCUGUGAGAGAGGAAGUGGAGGUCCUGAAGGAGCAGAUCCGAGAACUUGUGGAGAAGAAUUCCCAGCUGGAGCGUGAGAAUACCCUCUUGAAGACCCUAGCAAGCCCAGAGCAGCUGGAGAAGUUCCAGUCUCGUCUGAGCCCAGAAGAGUCAGCUCCUGAAUCUCCACAAGCGCCUGAGGCCCCUGGUGGUUCUGCGGUGUAAGUGGCUCUGUCCUUGGGGUGGGCAGAGCCACUAAACUUGUUCUACCUAGUUCUUUCCAGUUUGUUUUUGGCUCCCCAAGCGUCAUCUCAUGUGGAGAACUUUACACCUAGCAUAGCUGGUGCCAAGAGAUGUCCUAAGGACAUGGCCACCUGGGUCUACUCCAGUGACAGACCCCUGACAAAAGAGUAGGUCUCUGGAGGCUGAGUUGCAUGGGGCCUAGGAACCCCAAGUCAGUGAGCCUCUAAUGCUGUCGUGCCCUGGGGGCUCUCAGGGCCUGAGCAACCUACUACAACUGGCAAGGGAGAAAGGUUGUUUGAGCUGCGGUGCCAGUUUGCUACAGAAUGAUUAAGGGGUCUGUUUUUCAUUUCCAUGGACAUCUUCAACAGCUUCACCUGACAAUAACUGUUCCUAUGAAGAAGCCACUUGUGUUUUAAGCAAAGGCAGCCUCUCUUCUCCUCUGCUUUGUGAAGGCAGGGGACACAGAUGGGAGAGAUUGAGCCAAGUCAGCCUUCUGUUGGUUAAUAUGGCAUAAUGCAUGGCUUUGUGCACAGCCCGGUGUGGGAUUACAGCUUUGGGAUGACUGCUUACAAAGUUCUGUUUGGUUAGUAUUGGCAUAGUUUUUCUAUAUAGCCAUAAAUGCAUAUAUAUGCCCAUAGGGCUAGUCUAUAUCUUAGUGUAGCGAUGUAUAUGUGUAUACAUACAUCUACAUGUUGAAGGGCCUAACCAGCUUUGGGAGUAUUGACUGGUCCCCUAUGUCUUAAGGGUAAUUCUUUGACUGUGUUCAUUUAUCAAGGUGAUCCAGUUUGUCCUUUAGGUUAAGACUCAAGAGUUAAGGCAGGGAGAGGGGGGCCAGCCUCUGAAUGCAGCCACAGAUGCCUUGCUGCUGCAACCCUUUCCCCAUCUGUCCACUGAAGAUCUGCGAAGUUCUCUUUUGAAUGCCAAACCCACCAUUCACUGGUGCUGACUACAUAGAAUGGGGUGGAGAGAAGAUCAGCUUGGACUUCGCAGUGUUGUUUGAAAACUUUUAUUUUAUUUUUUUAAUACUUUUGGAAAACUUUAGAGUGAGCAGAACGAUGGUGUCCUGCUGCAGGCAAGGGAUGGACAAGAGAAUGGCUUUGAUCCAAUGGGAUCUGCCCAGGGAGCUUGUCUCUAAGGGGUUCUGUGACAGUGAAUACUUUCCACUUUCUGACACCUUAUCCUGAUGAAUGUCUGCAGGAUUUGGAUUUUGAUUUUUCAAAUGUAGCUUGAAAUUUCAAUAAACUUUGCUCUUUUUUUUUUCUAAAAAUAAA